AUGGCAGUUCAUGAUGAUCCUCCUCCGGGCUACAGGUUUAGACCUGACACAGAGCAACUCCUUGUUCAUUACCUUCGUCCCAAACUCGACGGAGAAGACUUUCCCGAAGGGCUUGUUCCUUUCUGCGAUCUCUAUGGGGAUCAAGAACCAUGGGAGAUAUGGGAAAAUUUCAAUGGAACAUCAGAGAAAGACAAAGAUAGAAAAGACCUCUACUUCAUUACUCAAAACAAGAUCAAGACUCUGAAGAGCAGGCGCAAAAGCCGAACAAUCGGCAAAGGCGGCACCUGGAAAGGCCAAGACGCCGCGAAGAAUGUACUUUCGGCUUCUUGGAGGGUUAUUGGCAAGAGAAGAAGAUUUCAUUACGAAAAGACGGGCUCGGAGGCGUCGGAGCACAAUGCUCGGUGGCUCAUGCACGAGUUUGAACUAGAUGCAUCUUUACUGCGUGACAAACGUAAAGCAAAGGAUUAUGUUCUUUGUAUUCUUAGAAAGAAUGAUAAACCGGCGAAAGAUCCAAAAGAAGAAGGACAAGAGGGUAAAGAAUCAGAAGAUGUCGACAAUGGUGAUGAUUUGGAAGAUGAAGACCACUCAGACCAUCAUGAACCUGACUUCGUUAAACAACCUGUACAGACCAGUAGUACUACUCAAAUAACAGACCUACUUACGCUCAAUCAAGCUGCGAAACAGUUUGAGGAAUACCUGAAGAAAAAGAUUGCUGUGCAGGCUACGAAAAAGUAA